AAGAAAAGAAAAGAAAUGAGGCGAAGUCCUUGAUCUGACAUGGUAGUAGUUUUCUAACAGCUUUGACGUAACCAAAAAUGGCGACCUCUUUGGUUCCGUGCAAAUUCAAUUCCACAUUCUACUCUUUCUCUCUCUCUCGCUCUCUCUCUCAACAUUCAAUUUGAUCUAGGGUUUCAUUAUCACUAAUCAAUUCCACUCUCCCACCUUUGUUUUUUGCCUUUGUAAAUUCAGCUCUGGUGCGUGUGUAGAAAUUUUUUGUGGUGUGUUUGUGACCUUGCAUACUUGUUUUGAGAAAAAAAUCAGCGAGAUGAAGACGUCGCUGAGGAAAUUGCAGAAAUUCGCAGCGCUUAGGCACGACAGGAGAGCGCAAAAGCAUCAUCAAUCUCUGGCUCUAGAUGAGCUCGCUCGAGCUACGCAGGACAUGAAUGAUAUGAGGGACUGCUAUGAUAGGUUACUUUCUGCUGCGGCCGCAACUGCAAACAGUGUAUAUGAAUUUUCAGAAUCACUGAGGGAAAUGGGUGAUUGUCUUCUUGAGAAAACAGCUCUGAAUGAUGAUGAAGAAAGUGGAAAAGUUUUAUUAAUGCUGGGUAAAGUACAGUUUGAACUUCAGAAACUUGUUGAUGGUUAUCGUUCUCAUAUAUUCCAGACGAUUACAAACCCAUCAGAGUCUCUUCUGAAUGAACUUCGCACAGUAGAGGAGAUGAAGAAGCGAUGUGAUGGGAAAAGAGAAAUAUAUGAAGAUCUGAUGAAGAAACAGAAAGAGAGAGGGAGGUUAAGAAACAGUAAAGGCGAAUGUUUUAACUCGCCCCUGCUGCAAGAAGCACAUGAUGAAUAUGAUGAGGAGGCAAAUGUAUUUGUCUUCCGCAUGAAAUCUCUAAAACAAGGACAAUCCCGUAGUUUUUUGACACAGGCAUCUCGGCAUCAUGCUGCACAGUUGUACUUCUUCAAGAAGGCGCUCCGAUCUUUGGAGGCAAUUGAGCCACAUGUCAGGAUGCUUGCCGAACAGCUCCAUAUUGAUUACCAAUUUACUGGACUCAAAGAUGAUGAGCGUGAUAUUUAUGAUGAUGAUGAUGAAAGUGAUGGAGACGAUGAAACUGAAGAUGGUUCAGAAACCCAUGAUGAAGGAGAAUUGAGUUUUGACUAUGGACAAAAUGGUCCAGUCCAAGAAGUCUCUUCAUCAAAAAAUUCAAUGGAGUUGGAUAAUACUGAUGCGGUAUUUGCUGCUGACGUUAAAUUGGUUUCUGCAAUGGAGAUUUUACGAAGUCCUGGUCGAAAUUCUUUUUCUUUCCAAAGAGGGCCCCGAGUGAUCAGCAAAUCAGCACCUCUCUUUCCUGAAAAGAAACUUGAUUCAGCUGAGCGAGUGAAGCAUUUGGGGUCUUCGGCAUCACGAAAAUUCACUUCUUAUGUCCUACCCACGCCAGAUGAGGCAAAGAGUCCAGUAUCGGGGAAAUUGUUGAAUGAAGUAUCUCAAACAAGACAAACAGUGUUCAACCUUCGGCAUUCAUCUCCUUUAGAUCAGAGCAAGUAUGAGAAACUUGGGGCAAAUGAGAAAUUAUCUGGACCAAUCAUCUUAGACAUGCAAUCUGUACUGAAAGAGAGCAACAACACCACUAAAGCAACUCCCUUGCCCCCUCCAUUGACAGAAGGCCUUUCACUUAAACAACUUGACCAAAAUGUCGCAUCUCAUGCUAAGAAAGCCAAAAGACAGGCUUUCUCUGGUCCAUUAACAGGAAAUCCAUGGCCACAUAACCGAAAUUUCACAGCCAGUGGGCCCAUUGUCUCAUCAGCCUUCCCUCCACCAUUUUCCGGGUCCCUAUUACGCACCCCAUUACCCCAUCCAGCAUCAACCCCCAAGUUGUCUUCUCGUGUUUCACCUACUUUCGUGUCAUCCCCUAAAAUUAGUGAGCUUCAUGAGCUUCCUCGCCCCCCAGCUCAUUUAGCUGCUAGAAGACCCUCCAAUCGUGGUGCUCAUUCUGGUCCCUUAAUAUCACAGAGUCAUGAGCUGUCUACUGCAUGUGUAUCGACAACAUCCACAGCAGCAUCUGCACUCACUAUGACACCGCAGUCAUUGCCACGCAGCUACUCCAUUCCGGCUGGAGGUUCAAUAGAAAUAGCAUUACAUGUUCCUUCAGAAGGUUCUCAAGACUUAAAGAUGGCAGAAGAUAUUUCCUCUCCUGUCCAGCCAGCUUCUCCUACAUCAUAGCUACUAGCCAGCCAGAUGACUGAAGGUAACUUGAAGAGGAUACAUUAGAGCGCCGCUCUACUUCUCAGCCAUCAAAGGGAAAUUUGUUAAUAGUUACUAGUUAACUCUUUCUAAUUUUGUUAGUCAUGUAUAAAUCACUAGCUCCUCAGAUUUGCUAUCUAGUCGCUGUUAUGAGCAAAUAUUGUACCAUAACCAGUGACACAAUCAAUUUUGUAAUGAACCAUGUCCUAGAUAUGGAAGCUGUAACAGUACUAGCCUUCUGGAAACGAGUCUGAAUCAGUGCAAGAUUGAUAUUAAUUGGACAUUGUCUGAGCUAUUGAGAAUGA